ACCGAAAGAACCAAGACUAUAUAUACCGCUCUGAUAAACGAUAUAAUUUAUAUAAUUGAUAACCUACGGGAGUCUACGGCAUCGUUGUGAAACGGAUUGUCCCGCAUCAGAAGCCUCCUCCUUAAGGGCCCAGCGCGUUUAGCGCCACGAGGCGAACACUUUAUUUAUUAACCCUUGAUCGUCGCAAAUGCUUAAGACAUAUGUCUUAUUUUUAUUUUCAUACUUUUAAUACGGGCACAAAAAGGGUUCGGCGAUCGACAAAAGUUAAGCCUCUGCGGAUCCUUUAAAACGGUCGACAAACCGGCUUACAGAGAGCGUUGCCUUCCUUUCACCCAUUAAAAAAAAUCAACGCGUCAUUCGCAAUGUCUUUUAAACGGGAAGGAGAUGACUCGAGCCAGCUGAAUCUGUUAAAGAAGCGGAGGGUGGCUGAUCUGUUGGUGGCAAACAUUGCCGAAGACGAGGCGAUGUUGUGUAGCAAUGGCAGACUGGCGUGCACCGUGUGCCCCCACCGGCCCGUCUUCGACACCGUCGAUGUCCUCGCGUCGCACCGCCGGGGCAAGCGCCACCUGCAGUGUUUGCAGAAACACUAUGGCAGGAAGCUUGACCUGAAGAAUGAGCUACUGAAAAGGAAACACAGGGCCUAUGUGGAGGCAGAGAGCGGCACUGCCCAGGAGGACCCGGCUCCACUGCUGAGUGAGACCCGUCAAAAGGCGUAUCACGCCCUGCUCACGAGCGCUCCCUACAACAGCUGCUGCCACAAGAGAAGAGUUCCGAGCGCUGAGGGUUCGGAGAUCGCGAGCGGUGGCUGCAGUCGUGGCGCGGAGGAGCGAGCGGAAGCGCGGGAGUCUCCCUCCUCGCCGGGACCGGCCCCAUCUCCCCGUCUCCCUGCCGCCGCCGCCGGCUCCUCAGCUCCCUCGCCGCCUGCGUCUCAAGGCGCUGCCGCCGGUGCCGAGAGAAGGGUGACAAAGUCUUUGAAGCGCAAGAGCAAGGGCGCACGGGACGUGCCGUGCCAGCCCGCAGAUCCGGCCAGGAGGCACGAGAUGGAACAUUACCUCCACCUCAAAAGUUUGGGCUGGGUCCGCAACAAGGACGGUCAGUGGGAGAAGGACGAAGAUGUGGAGUUUGACUCGGACGAGGAGGAACCUCCUGUCAUCGCUCCUCUUCCUCCCCCGGUGCCUCAAGUGGAUACAAUCAACAUUGCUCCUCCUCCGCCUCCGCCUGCUACUCCACCUCCACUCUCUCAGCCCUCCGGUCACCCACCUCCCCAUCGGCAGAAACGGCAGCAGCCACCGGUCAUCAUCAAUAAGCGGCGGUGAUGUCACCGUAGCGCUCGUGCCUGGCUAGGUGCACGUUGAGGCUGUCGCCGUGAAGCGUCGAAUGCUCGCUGGCGAAGAAUUCCGCAGGGCGGACCUAGGUGUCCCGUGUGUUACUCACCGAGAUGAUUGGCAUCACCGGAGCGCUCGUGCCUGGCUAGGUGCACUUCGAAUGCUCACCAGAAGGAAGUCCAGGGCAGACGCAGGCAUUGUGGGUCACCGACAGCGGCGACUGGUAAAUCAUCGCAAGGUAUUGCUAUUUUGCCGUCAAAGAUUGCGAAAUGUUAUUUGUCACUGCGCUGGCCUCUUGAAGGUCUUCAGAAAUGGAGGGGGUCCACCUGGAAAAUUACUUGAUACUCAGAAACGGUCAUCAUCCAGAAGGUAGUAUGCUUGUGUUGAGAGUAAAGUAUUUAAAUUAUUAUUUUUUUUACCAGGUAAGGCCCACUGCACUAUAUCGCUGUUUUUUCAGAUGCGACCUGGCCGCAAAUGAGAGCGCAACGAAGUGGCUCAUCAAGUGGCAAUUUACAGGAGCCAAAUACUCUCAAUGCAUGUUUCAAAAAGGUGGAGGGGAAAAACCGGAGGAACCCGGAGAAAAAUCCACGCGGCCACGGGGAGAGAAACUCCUAAUAUGCAGCGGGCGGCAGGGUCGGGACUGAACCCACUUCCUCCUGCAUAUCAGGCGAGGUUGUUACCAUCAGGAGUUGAAUAUUGCAGGUUGUUUCAGGUUGUGUGUUGAUCUUCACAUUUAGUGUUCUUAUUCUUGGUUCUUUCGGUAAAGUGAACGUAGAAGGGAAACAAUAAAAUAAUACAAAUAUAAAGCAAUACAAUUAUCACGACGUUUCAACUGCAACACAAGCAAUCAUCAUCAGGUG